CGCUGCUGUUCAGUCCUGUGCGCUGCGCUCGCGCUCUCACCGUCAGGCUUUGAUCGAUGCCGACGCGCUUCACUUUAGCAACAAAACGGACUUUAUAGAUCAACUUUGGCUUUCUUACUUUUCAUAUAAAAAAUAUUAUAAUAAUAAUAAAAAAGAAAAAGAAAUAAAGAAUAAAAAGUUUCACUCUGAGAGAUCAUGGCCACGUCGGUUCCUUUGCUUCCAUCAGCGCCGCUCGCGCACCACGCGCCUCCUCCGAUCUCCAUCUCCGCGUCGGCCGGCGGCGGCUCCUCGAGCCCGUCGAGUCUGUCUCCGUCGCCGUCGUCGCUCGGUCCGUCGGCGGCUUCCAGCCUGUUCCGCUCGGACCUGCUGCCCUCGGCGAGUCCGGCUCUCCCGGUCGGCAGCGCGCCGCACAAGCCCGCGUACGCCACGCCGUCCCCGGUGGAGAGCACGCCGCGCAACAACGAGUGUCGCCUGGUGGAGGUGCGCGGCGCGCGCCUCGCCUCGUUCACCGUGGACGGCCGCGAGCUCAUCUGCCUCCCGCAGGCGUUCGACCUCUUCCUGAAGCACCUGGUCGGCGGCCUGCACACCGUCUACACCAAGCUCAAGCGGCUGGAGAUCACUCCCGUGGUGUGCAACGUGGAGCAGGUGCGCGUGUUGCGCGGGCUCGGCGCCAUCCAGCCCGGGGUGAACCGCUGCAAGCUCAUCUCGCGCAGAGACUUCGAGGUGCUCUACAACGACUGCACCAACGCCGGCUCCAGACCUGGCCGACCUCCGAAAAGGACCCAGAGUGUGACGUCCCCCGAGAGUCCACACAUCCUGCCCCACUCUGUCUCUGGACUCAUGUCCUCAGGAAUCAUGUCUCACACAGGUCUGACAGCUGCUACUUUAGCUGAGGCCAUGAAGAAGAAGAUUAAGCUGGAGGUUUUGAACAGUUACCACGCUGCUAACAACCACGGCGCAGACCAUGAGAACGGAGACGUCAACUCAGGCAUGGGACGUUGGUUUGGAAUAAACCUAGACUCGACUACACUGAGUGCACCCUCUUUAAAGUCCAGAGCAGGUUUGGAGCUGCCGUUCAUGAUGAUGUCACACCCUCUGAUUCCUGUAAGCCUGCCCCCUGCGUCGGUCACCAUGGCGAUGAAUCAGAUGAACCACUUGAGCACUAUCGCCAGCAUGGCCGCCAGCGCUCAGGUGCAGAACGACUCGAACCGCGUGGCCACCUCCGUCAUUAAGGAGAGAGUUCGAGACAGUCCAUCCCCAUCUCCCUCCCUGGAGGACGGCCGCAGGUCAGGGAGUCACGUAUCCUCCAGGCAGAGCAGCAGCGUGUCAAGUUCUCCUGCUCACACCGAGAGCUCGUCUGAUCGGCCGCCCGUGCAUCAAAACGGCCUUUCCUUGGGACACGCUCUAUUAGGCCUGUCUCCCAAUGCUCCGCCGGGGCCAAAAGAGGGGGAUCUGGCAACCCAAGAUGCUGUCCACGACUCGAGGAGGACGCAUGCGGAAAAGGAAGAGAGUGUACUGUGCACGCCCACAUCCCGCGAGACCUACGAGAGGGUUUCUCACACCAUCCCUACGCUUCCUCCAGGCUUCCCUGCACCGCUGCUCUUUCCUGAGGGCCUGUCUUCCAUAGAAACACUUCUCACUAACAUCCAGGUAUGUGUGUGUGUUCAGGGUCUGCUGAAGGUGGCCAUAGAUAACGCCCGGGCCCAGGAGAAGCAAGUGCAGUUGGAGAAAACAGAGCUGAAGAUGGAGCUUUAUCGGGAGAGGGAACUACGCGAGACACUGGAGAGACAGCUCUGUGUGGAGCAGAAAAACCGAGCCCUGAUCCAGAAGCGACUGAAGAAAGAGAAAAAGACAAAGCGGAAGCUCCAGGAAGCUCUCGAGUACGAGUCCAAGCGGCGUGACCAGGCCGAGCAGACGCUGCAGCAGACGACAGGCAGCGAGCACGCUCACACUCCAAACGAGCCUCCUGCUCCGGAAAUGGAGACCGACCUGAGCAGGGACAGAACAGACACAGACAGGACGAUACCAGAUGGACGGCUCUUUCUCAAGACUGCGGUGAUGUACUGAAGAACCGGAGCGAGAGAACAUGUAAAUCAGUGCGGAGACGGAGGAAGCAGAAGUGCAAAUAAUCACAGAAAAUCGAUUGUAUCGGAGGACUAGAGACAUUUCAAGGACCCAAAGGGUCGGUGUCUACAAAUUACUGCGAGGAGACCGUCACACGCAUUGGAAAUCAAUGCUUUCAUUGUGCCUCUCUGUGAAGUCGAGGCACCUUUUUCUUAUCACAGAGGCUAAAAACACACCAUGUGGACCUUCACAACAUUUUUUUUCUAGGAUAUUUAAACCACUCACACUUUACUGACCGUGAAGAAAAAAAUAUUUCAGAGCUCCUCUUUUAUAGCCCUGACUAUCUGUAAAGCACUAUUUCCAUCGAAGUGGGGGAAGAGUCUGAUGAUUUGAGUUUAUUCAUCGUUUAUCGAAAAUCUUCAUGACAUUUAAUGUGUUUUCGUGUAGCUGUCUUGUUAUUCCCCAGAAAAAAAGAUUGUCCAUGUUUUUUGUUUUUUUUUGUCAUUUAUUAUAUGUUUGAUGAUUAUAGCAGGUAUUCUCAAACAAAAAAAAAAUCAUGAAACAUGGAUCGUGUACAUAAAAGUGUAGAGAUAAUAUUGUGCAUUGUAUGUCGUAGUGCUGUUAGGAAAUCAAUACAAACCUCUUUAAUGAAAUAUCUUGCAUCUAAGUUAUUAUUGUUAUUAUUAUUAUUAUUAUUAUUAUUAUUAGGUCCAUAAUCCAUCAUCAUACCUGAUUAGGAGAGCAUGCUGGCAUGUCAUUACAUUUGUCGUGUCCGUCUGAUAUAUAUAUAUAUAUAUAAUAAAAAUAUUUUUUCACCUGGUACAAAGCAGGUCACACCUUACGGACACGUUUCAAACUACACAUCCCUUCAGUCUCUUGGGGCAGUUUUUAUUAUUAUUAUUAUU